AUGAGCAAGAGGGUUGGCAUCAUCGGAGCUGGAGUCAGUGGCUUGGCUGCCAUACGGUGCUGUCUGGAGGAGGGGUUGGAGCCCACUUGCUUUGAAAGGAGCAAUGAUGUUGGAGGCCUGUGGAAAUUCUUGGACCACACAGAAGAAGGCAGAGCCAGCAUUUACCAGUCUGUAUUCACGAACUCUUUCAAAGAAAUGAUGUGCUUUCCAGACUUCCCUUACCCGGAUGGUUACCCAAACUAUAUGCACCACAGCAAGCUCCAGGAAUAUAUAAAGACAUAUGCUCAAAAGAAGGAUCUUUUAAGAUACAUACAGUUUGAGACCUUGGUUUCCAGUAUAAAGAAAGGUCCCAGCUUCUUAGUCACGGGCCAAUGGGUUGUUGUUACUGAAAAGGAUGGGAAACAGGAAUCUACUAUUUUUGAUGCUAUAAUGAUUUGUUCAGGACAUCACGUAUACCCCAAUCUGCCAACUGAUUCCUUUCCUGGCCUGGACCAGUUUCGAGGCAACUACCUCCAUAGCCGGGAUUAUAAGAAUCCAGAUGCCUUCAUAGGGAAGAGGGUCCUCGUGAUUGGUCUAGGGAAUUCGGGAUCUGACAUUGCUGUUGAGCUCAGCCAUCUGGCUACACAGGUCAUUUUCAGUACCAGAAGUGGUUCCUGGGUCAUGAGUCGGGUCUGGGAUGAUGGCUAUCCUUGGGAUAUGAUGUAUGUUACCCGCUUUGCAUCCUUUCUCCGGAAUGUCCUUCCUUCAUUCGUCUCUGACUGGUUAUAUGUCCAGAAGAUGAAUACAUGGUUUAAGCAUGAGAACUAUGGCCUGAUGCCUUUAAAUGGUUCCCUGAGAAAAGAGCCUGUGUUCAAUGAUGAGCUCCCAUCCCGCAUCGUGUGUGGCACUCCGUCCAUCAAGCCCAGUGUGAAGGAGUUCACGGAAACCUCAGCUGUGUUUGAGGAUGGGACCGUGUUUGAGGCUAUCGACUCCGUCAUCUUUGCAACAGGCUAUGAUUAUUCCUACCGCCUUGAUGAGACCAUCAUGAAAAGCAGAAACAAUGAGGUUACCUUGUUUAAAGGCAUCUUCCCCCGACUAAGGGAGAAGCCAACCUUGGCUGUGAUUGGCUUGGUUCAGUCCCUUGGAGCUGCCAUCCCCAUAGCAGACCUGCAAGCCCGGUGGGCUGCUAAAGUAUUUGCAAACUCAUGUACCCUGCCAACCAUGAAUGAAAUGAUGGAUUACAUUGAUGAGAAAAUGGGGAAAAAAUUCAAGUGGUUUGGCCAGAGCCAGACUUUGCAGACAGAUUACAUCACAUAUAUGGAUGAGCUGGGCUCUUUCAUAGGGGCCAAGCCUAACAUACCAUGGCUCUUCCUGACAGAUCCCCACCUGGCCCUGGAGGUGUACUUUGGCCCUUGCAGCCCAUACCAGUUUCGACUGAUGGGACCAGGGAAGUGGGAUGGGGCCAGAAAUGCCAUCCUGACCCAAUGGAAAUGGACAGUGAAGCCAACCAGGACAAGAGUUGUCAGUGAAGCUCAGCGACCCCAUCCCUUUUACAAUUUGCUUAAAAUGCUUUCAUUCCCAUUACUCCUUCUGGCUGUUACACUUACAUUUUAUUAA